AUGGAUUUUGAUUUUGUUCGUAUGCUACAAUCUUCGAGCUGUUGGCACCUCUGUCCCACGACAGACGGCAAACGAACUGUAUUUGGAACGGAUGACCCCAAUAUGAAAGUACCGGCUCCGCCACUGUCUCCACUCCGAGCAUCUGCCGGUUCCUUUACCAUUAGGGAUGAAACCGCACCGGCACCAGUGGAGGCAACGAGGAGUGGAAUUCAAGCCGCUGCCGCCCCGCCCUCGCCAAUGCAAACUAUUCAAAUGACACCUGCAGGUGGAGCGGCAUAUUACGUGAACCCACCGGCGUAUCAAACAGUUGGAAUGACUUCCUCACCUGGUCACGGACAUGUGCCGACUCAGACUGUCAUGCUUACACCACAAAACGGGCGCAUGGUGUAUAUGCAAAUGCCAUACUUUCAACAAACGGCACUUCAGGUGCCUCAGCCGGCGCAAAGAGUGUAUCCCCAGCCUCAGGGCCCAUAUUAUUCAACACAUGUUGUACAAAUGUCGCCUGAUGGCCAAAUCAUCCAACCCGUAACUUCUCAAGGGCCUUAUCGCGUGCCACAAGCCACUCCUGCCAGGGGUUCGGCAUCCACAGCUCCAACUGCAGGUGUGGUUUCACAACAGAACCUCCAAGCAGCACCUCAGGUGGAGGCUUUCGAUCAACCGAGUGGCGGCAUUUCAAUCGCACGGGGAGCGCAACUACCCGAGGGAACGCCUUUCAUUCCGUAUGGUGUCCAUCCAACCCGUUGUUACACAAACACUCAAGAAAAGGGUGUGGUGUCUCCAAGGGCUGGGCUUCACCGCGCGGUAUGGCAAGUUCCAACAACAACAGUUCCAACAACAACACUUGAGCGCCCCGUAGGGGAUGGCUCCGCUAUGAUGGCUAAAGGACACGCCAUAACCUCAGCGGAUCCGUUUUAG